AUGGGAAAGGCAGGGAAAUGGAUUAGAAACUUUUUGCUUGGGAAAAGGGAGCAGAAAUAUAAGAAGAAUGAAUCUUCUUCUUUUUCUGCUGAGCACCAUCAUCAUAAUCCAAGCAUCAAACCUGGGAGUCCUAGAAUGAAGAAAAGAUGGAGUUUUGGAAGAGCAGCUGGGAAAAGGGCAUCCCAUAAAUUUUCUAAAUCACUUGACUCAAUUGACACCACCAAACUUCCACUGCAGGCCACUGCAGAAAAUGUUGAUGUUGAAAAUGCAGCUGCCACAAGGAUUCAAGCUGUCUUCCGUUCUUAUUUGGCAAGGAAAGCAUUGUGUGCUUUGAAGGGACUAGUGAAGUUGCAGGCACUGGUGAGAGGUCACCAGGUGAGAAAAGAAACAACAGCUACUCUGCGGCGCAUGCAUGCAUUGAUCUCUAUUCAAGUUAGAGCAAGGGUUCAGAGGAUUCAGAUGGCAGAGGAAGCACAUCUUGUUGUCAAAAGGGAACCAUCCAUUCAUAGGAGUUUCAUUCAGGAGAACGGGUUCAGAAGAAUGCUUAGGGAAAGAAUGGAUACCAAUCUGGAUGAAAAUCAGGGAGGCUUAAAGAGCAAAAGUGCACGUCUGAAUCAUUCACAAAAUGAGAGGAUAGAGAAUGGUGGGUUGGCGACAUAUUAUUCUGGAAACCUUUCCAUCUCAAGAAGAGAACACCAAUACAAGAAGUACUCAUUCACAGCACACAACAGUCCCCAACAUUAUCUUCCCACGUCUCAGCUAAACCCGACAACGGCCAGCUCUUUAGCUUUUGAGCAGCCUGAUUGUCUAGACUUACCCAACUACAUGGCCAAGACAGAAUCUUCAAGGGCUAAAGUCAGAUCACAAAGUGAACCAAAGCAACGACCAAAUUGUGGGAUGAGGCAGAAAAGUAAGAGAAUGGAAUCAACAGAUGGUAGGAGUGGCUCAUUGGAGAAUCAAAUGCAACGUUCAUCUUCUCGUUCCAAGCGAUUUAGCCAAGAAAACUAUGACCCCUGGUUUGCCAAGCUCUAUCCUCCAUUAACAAGAACCUCCAACAGCAGGUCUGAUGCAAUCACCACAUCCAGCAGUGAUUCCAACCACUACAAAUCUCUUGCAUAUGAGGUCAGAAAUCACUGA